UCGAUUCAUAAUGCACUUCUAUAACAUUGAUAUUCCACCGUACAACCCCUGAAAACCCUCUUCCUUCAAUUACCUUAACCGCACUACCAUCUACCAAACACUCUCCACAAUAUGCACUCCUACCAAUUCUGUAGUUCUGGUAACUGCACAAUAAACCGCUUUUAAUUUGAGAAGUGCUCCAAGUAUGGAUCAUAUCAGGUGGUAGACACGGUUUCUAUUUCUAGCUAUCACCAGUAUCUCAAAGAUGUGGUGGAAAAUCGUUUUCUGUAUUGCAUAAUUUUUACAUAAUACUAGUGAAGACAACCCCAGCUUAGAAAAGGAAAAAGAAAAAUACUGUAUCAGCACAGCGAUUGAGAAAGGUAUGAUGCAAUGGAGGAAGCACAAGGCCAGUAUUAUUCUUCCACUCCACAAGAAUCUGCAUUAUCUCAUGAUGAUGGUGGAGGGAGGUCUCAGCUCAACGGCCAAGGGAAUUGCGGGACUGGUAUCAUAGGCCUGAAGAAGAGAGGUCAUGGAACUCGCUCUUGGAUAAAAAUUGGUCAGGAUGGGGGUACUCAGACCGUAACACUUGACAAGGCUACCAUUAUGAGACAUUGUUCUUUGCCUUCCAGAGAUCUUAGACUAUUGGAUCCAAUGUUCAUUUAUCCUUCUACCAUAUUAGGACGGGAGAAGGCUAUUGUUGUAAACCUUGAGCAAAUCCGUUGUAUAAUUACUGCUGAUGAGGUCAUCCUGAUGAAUUCAUUGGAUGGUAGUGUUGGUCAGUAUAGGUCAGAAUUAUGCAAUCGGCUUCAGAAAGAAAAAGCUGAUGGUCUGCCUUUUGAGUUUAGAGCGUUGGAAAUGGCUCUGGAGUUGACAUGCACAUCUUUAGAUGCUCAGGUAAAAGAGUUGGAAAUGGAAAUAUAUCCUGUGCUAGAUGAAUUAGCAUCGUCUAUCAGUACUCUGAAUUUAGAACGUGUUCGAAGAUUCAAAGGUCAUCUCCUUGCUUUGACUCAACGAGUUCAGAAGGUACGUGACGAAAUAGAACAUCUCAUGGAUGAUGAUGGUGAUAUGGCUGAGAUGUGCCUUACUGAGAAAAGGAGAAGCUCAGAUAUGUACCCUCUUAAUGAUUGUCUUCACACUCUUACAUCAAGUAGUGGUAAAGAGAUUUCAAAGUCAGCUCCUAAUUCACCAGAGCGGUCAAUUAGUGGGAUCCCAAUGUUGCCAAGGGCUUUCAGCAUCAUUGGAAAUUCAGGCAAACAUGGUAGUUCAAUGGGUUCUUCUGAUAAUGGAGAAAGGAUUCAACCACUGGAAAUGUUGCUUGAAGCAUACUUUAUCGUCAUUGAUAAUACGCUUAACUCAUUGUCGUCGCUUAAAGAAUACAUUGAUGACACAGAAGAUUUUAUCAAUAUAAAGUUGGGCAAUAUUCAAAACCGCCUAAUACAGUUUGAAUUGCUUCUUACUGCAGCUACAUUGGUAGCAGCAGUAUUUGCUGCUGUGACAGCAGUGUUUGGGAUGAACUUUGAAACCACAGUUUUUGACUAUCCAUCUGGUUUCCAUUGGGUUUUGAUAGUUACCGGAAUCACUUGUGCAUCAUUGUAUUUCUCAUUCUUAUUCUACUUUAAGUACAAGAAAGUGCUUCCAGGGUAAAAUUCAACAGCUCUGAACCUAUUCAUACAUUGAAGCUUUGACCAUAAUCAUCAAUCAAGAUGCCAUUGUUAGACUUGGGCAACUGUCACGGUGCAGGCCAAGUUGUCUCUAUAAUCACGCGAUAUUUUGAAGGAGUCGUAAACCUCCCCAUCUCUGCUCUUUUUGUACUCGAACAAAUUUGAGUGAUCGAAUGCUGUUAGUUUUAUAAACCCGUAGUCGUAAUCUCUAAAGAUACUCCAUUUUUGUCUCGAGGGAAGUAAAUGUUGAACCCUAGCACUGCCAGCAACAAUGUGUAUGGUUCCAUUUAAGGGUCCCUUAUAGUGGUGCUUUUCUUCAUUUGUGCAGAUAUUCUUUUGCAACAUGUAAGCACAAAAACUUUUCUAUGUAAAGUAUGCAUAUUCAAAGAAACUAGUUCAAAUGAUGUUGUGGCAUGUUAAUGAGAAAUGUUCUUGAAACUUCUCAUGAACCGUUAGAUACAUAUUUUUAUAACGUA